UCUUCGCCCCGGAAACGUCCCUCAUUUCAUUUCACACAUUCCGUUGCCCUUAUCUCUCUCUCUCUUUGUGAUUCGUGCUUUGUAGGGUUGUGGUUAGAUCGUUGUCGCAGAGGGUAAGGUUAGGGUUUGGUUCCUUUUCCCCUCUUUUUGCCCUUUCGAGAAUGAUGCAACCGGCGCCCGUCCCUCCUCCGAUGGCGUCGCCGGCGAUGGACCCUAACCAUCAGCAGCAGCAACCGCAGCCGCAACAGCCGCAGCAGUGGAUGGUCAUGCCUCCUCCACCGCCACCCCCUCCUCUUGCCGCUCCUUCUGGACACCCCCUUCAGCACCCUCCUCAUCCCCAACAGCCUCCUUUCCCACCGUCUCAGGUGCCUCCCCCCAUGUGGAACCAGCAAGCCAUGCCUCCACCGCCGCCCCCGCCGCAGCAGAUGGCGCCGCCGCAGAUGCAGCCCCAGCCUCAGUACCCUCUUCAGCCACAGCAGCAGCAGCAACAGCCGCAGCAGCAGCAACCCAUUAGCGCCGAUGAGAUUCGAACGCUUUGGGUCGGCGAUUUACAGUAUUGGAUGGAUGAGGGAUACCUCCAUGGUUGUUUUGCUCACACUGGCGAGGUUGUCUCCGUGAAAAUCAUACGGAACAAACAAACUGGGCAAUCAGAAGGCUAUGGGUUUAUUGAGUUUGUCACACGUGCAGCUGCUGAAAGAAUUUUGCAGACAUACAAUGGAACAAUGAUGCCUAAUGUUGAACAAGCAUUUCGGCUGAACUGGGCAUCAUUCGGUGUAGGUGAAAAGCGCCCAGAUACUGGUCCAGAGUUCACCAUUUUUGUUGGGGACUUGGCAUCAGAUGUGAGUGAUUACGUCCUUCAAGAGACUUUUAGAAGCCAUUACACAUCUGUCAAGGGUGCAAAAGUGGUCACAGAUAGGGUCACUGGCCGCUCCAAAGGUUAUGGAUUUGUUAGAUUUGGUGAUGAAAAAGAACAAGUGCGUGCUAUGACUGAGAUGAAUGGCGUGUUCUGUUCCACAAGGCCCAUGAGGAUUGGUCCUGCAACGACAAAGAAGACUGUGGGUAGCCAGCAGCAGUAUCCUACAAAAGCUUCAUAUCAGUCUAAUCCUCAAUCCACAGAGUCUGAGAAUGACCCGAAUAAUACUACCAUAUUUGUAGGUGGUUUGGAUCCAAAUGUCAGUGAUGAUGUUUUGAGACAAGUAUUUGGUCAAUUUGGGGAGCUAGUCCACGUAAAAAUUCCGGUGGGCAAGCGCUGUGGAUUUGUGCAGUUUGCAAAUAGGCCAUGCGCAGAGGAGGCUUUGCUAAUGCUGAAUGGUACUCAACUGGGUCAGCAAGCAAUUCGACUUUCUUGGGGUCGUAGUCCUUCAAACAAACAGGACUCGUCUGCUGAAUGGAUACAGCCACAGGCUGAUCAAAAUCAAUGGAAUGGUGGAUAUUAUGGAUAUCCACAGGGCUAUGAAGCUUAUGGAUACGCUCCACCUCCACAAGAUCCAAACAUGUAUGGAUAUGGUGGCUACCCUGGUUAUGCAAAUUAUCCCCAGCAACAGUGAGUCUAGGAGGUGAUUUCUGCUCUCCAGUUUGUAUUCGCUUAGAUGCAGAGUUCACUGUGAUGGAGCUUGGAUUUUGUUUGUUGGGGGCAUCGCCUUUCCUGCUUGAAGCCAGACGAGUUUUUCAUGGUUUCUUUUUGUUUAUUAUUAGUUGGAUCUGACAGCGCUUAGUUUUUAUGAUCUGUAUGUACUACAUGACGUGUUCCCUUUGCAGUGGUUUGGAUACUAUGCUUUUCUAUAUAAUAUGAUAUCUAUGCUUGAUUUC